UGGUUGUUGGCCGCUGCAGGGCAACACCCCGGCGUCCCUGGAAGCGGGGAGCCGGGGUGGUGCUGGGGAAGCUGCGCAGAGCCGGGAGCGGUGGCCCAGUGUCUCCCGGGACUGGGGGCAGGUGUUCAAGCCCAGACCCAUCAUGGCCGGAAGACCUGUCCGUAUAGGAGACCAGCUGGUUCUGGAGGAAGAUUAUGAUGAGACCUACAUCCCCAGUGAGCAAGAAAUUCUUGAAUUCGCCAGAGAGAUUGGUAUCGAUCCCAUCAAGGAGCCAGAACUGAUGUGGCUGGCGCGGGAGGGCAUUGUGGCCCCACUGCCUGUGGAGUGGAAGCCCUGCCAGGACACCACAGGCGAUAUUUACUACUUCAACUUUGCCAACGGGCAGUCCACGUGGGACCAUCCGUGUGAUGAGCACUAUCGGAACUUGGUGAUCCAGGAGCGGGGGAAGCUGUCAGCUCCUGGAGCCAUUAAGAAGAAAGACAAGAAAAAGAAAAAGGAAAAGAAAGACAAGAAGGACAAAGAGAUGCCCAGAAGUCUGCUGGAAACACAGCCUGAGCAGGGACUUCUGCCUUCUUCCUCCUUUCUCCGUGGCCCAUCCCUUCUCCCAGCACCUGGGCUUGCUGAUCUGGACCUAGACCAAGAGAUGCAGGCUAGAAGUGAGGGCUCCUUUAAGAAAGGGAAGAGCCCAUGUGUUCUGGGUGACACCCCCUGGCCUCUCCCGGGCACCCUGCCCAGCAAGCUACAGCCACUCGCCAAAGGCCAAGAUUCUCGAACCCGCCAGAUCUUUGCUGAUGUGGAGAAAAUCUUAGGCAGGGCCCCAGCCCAGUGCAGGACAGAAUUGGGUGAUCAGCAGGGUCUGGGGAAACCCCAGAAGCCGACAGAGAAAAUCUACCUGGGGUUUUCAGACCCUGAAAUAGAAGAGCUGGAACUGAGGACCAGACAACAGAAGCCCAGCACUCUAGGCCCUGAGAACACCAGGCCCCUCCAGAAUGGGUGGGAUGUGCUGGAAGACAGGAGCCAGGCCUCUGUCUGCUCAAAGCUUUCUGAAACCAUCAGUGGCCUGCAGCUAAAAGGGGAGCAGCAUGGCCACCACAGGGCCAAAUGGAGCUCCACUGGCCCCGGGGGAGACAAGAGCCAGAGCCUCAUUCCCUCACCGUCCCCUGAGGAGGACCGCUCCUGGUCCCUGUGCUCCUCUGACCACAUGCCGCCUACCAGGAAGAGCCAGCUGCUCUUGUUAGACAGUGGCCCAGCCAAUGGCCUGAGCUGGCAGGGCGUUUCUGGGGAGGGUGGCAGUGUGGGCAGGGGGAGGAGAAGGAAAGAGCCCCCGGGACUGUGGAUGGGACAGGUCUCCAAGCUUGUCAACAAGGACACUCCUGGGAGCUGCCAGGAGACAGGACCCGAUGACCCUGAGGCUCCAGGGGCCUCAGCCAAAGAUCCGCCUCAGGAGCUCUUCCUAAUGCCCCCUGACCUGCUGGCAUUAGAGCUGGCCCAGGGUGCCCCUUCAGGGAGUGCCCCUGGACGCUCCCCCACCUGUGAGGAGAGACCACCCCCCGGGUCUCUAGAGCCCCCUGAAGAAGACAGGAAGCCUGGUGGGUCUGAGCCUGACUUGGAGAGCAGCAGCCUGGCUUCUCACCUUGGCUCUCAGAUCCUGGGUGAGGUGAACAACUUCCCUUGGGACCCGCAGAGCUCUCAGGGGUCUGAGCAGGGCGUGGGUCAAUCAGGUCCCAGAGCCAGAGAUCAGCGCUCCAGCCCCUUCCUGGGACUCCAGUUGUCCCACAUGCAGAGCUCUGCGGAUGAGCAGUCAGAGAGCGAAGACUACUCUGAGGAUAAGAGGUUCUACCAGCACAUCCUGCAGAUGGUCAAGAUCUCCAGGCGGCUGGAGGGCCUGGGGCUGCCCGAGAGCAUGCAGGAGACGCCAUGUAAAGACAUCGCCAGCAUGGUCUGCUGCAUGGCAGCCGAGGCUUCCAGGAUGUCUAGUGAGGGUGGGCACGAGGCCGUCAGAGCCAUGGAGAGGGACUCAAGGUUUCUGACUUGGGGGCCAGAGAUGCUGGAGCACCCGCAGGAGGUGGCUCUUGCCCCUGCUGGGCAAGACGUGUCGCAGCAAGCCUGUUUCCAGCCCAGCAGCAGCCCUCUCAGACAGGGGCUGGUCGAGCUGAGUUCCAGCAGAGGGCUUGCUGCAGAGCCAGGCAACACACAGCUUCUCAACCAGGCCCUGGGCUCCUCAUUAGCCCCAGUUCACGUCCCUUCUGGGGGCCUGGCUCCCUUGAGAGGCCUUGUGGAUGCCCCAGCCUCUGCUCUUCGUGGAUCGCAAAGUGUGAGCCUGGGGAGCCCAGUGGAGUCUGGUCAGCUUGGAGAACUCACGCUGCCUUCACAGGGUCUCAAGACUUCUGGUUAUACAAAGGGUCUGUUGGGCUCCAUCCAUGAGGACAAGAAUGUUCUCAGCCUCUUGGCUUUAGGGGAGGAGAACAAUGAGGAGGAUGAGGCGGAGAGUGACAACCAGAGUGUCCGCAGCUCAAGUGAGCUGCUGAAGAACCUGCACCUGGACAUUGGGGCGCUGGGGGGUGACUUCGAGUACGAGGAGUCUCCGAGAACAAGUCAGCCGGAGGAGAACAAGGACGCUUCUCUGGAUUCAGAUGCUGCCCGGCCCCCCACUCCCGGCAAGCUCUUCAGCCAGGGUGCAGACAGCAGUCUGAGCAGUGCUGCUGACGACGGCAGAGGGCAGCAAGGAAGAGGGCCGAGUGCUUGGCUCCUGGAGAAAAAAACGGAUAAGAAGAGUGAUCCUGGGAUGUCCGGGAGUGGGGUGGACCCUGGGGGCGGUCAGCCUGCCAAAGCCAACAGCAAGGAUGCACAAGAGGAGCCGGCAGAUGUGGGAGAGGAGGGUUCCAGCAAGGGAGAGGCUGCAGCAGCGGCGGAGCCCAAGGAGGAGGCUUCUGUCCCCAGAGAGAGCGGAUCAGACCGGAGCCAGGAGUCCGAGAUUAGUGAACGCGUGAAGGAGCUGCAGCUCUCAGACUCUGCCGCUUCUGACCCCAAGUCCUUCCUGGGCCUGGACUUUGGUUUUCGCAGUCGGAUGUCAGAGCACCUGCUGGAUGUUGACGUGCUUUCCCCAGUCCUGGAUGGAGCCCGCUGGGAGGCCCAGAGGUUGGGAAGAGAAGAGGAGGAUGACAGCCAGUCCAGCCAAGAUGAGCUGCAGAGCAAGCAGUCCAGAGGCUCGGAGAGGCCUUACUCUGCGGCUUUGGCUGGUCUGACCAGGUUGUCUCCUCCACUUGUGCCUGGGAGGUGGCACCAGAGUUCCCUUCACAGCCUGGCCACCGAAGGACUGCCACAGGCCUCUGAGGGGCAGCCCAAGCAGGAGCAGGCCAAGGAGCCCAGGGAGGACUCUGCAGGCAGCCCCGUCCUGCAUGGUUCCCUGCGGAGGGAGGAGACCCCAAGCCCACCUGCCGCCCAUGAGAGGGGCAAGGAGCAGCGCCCCCGGGCCACGGAGCUGGGCCUUGGGCAGGAAGAGGCCAAGGAGCCCGAGGAGAAGGUGGCGGUCAGCCCUGCCCUGCCAGUCUCUCCAGAGGUAGAGAAGAGGGCAUGCCACGCCAUGCUAGGCCAGAUGGGGAAGGAGCAGGGUGUGUCAGGAGGCAGAAGAGGGGAGAAGGGAGAGCAUGGCCCAGAGCCUUUACUGGGGUCUCUGUGGGAAGGAAUGGGCGCGACAGGGUGCUCUACGGAGCCUGCAGCUCCCCCAAAGCAGGCUUCACUGAAGGCCGUGGAAGAGGCCGUGGCCCAGGAAUUGGAGCGAGACCGGAGGCGGCUCCUGGAAUCGAAGCAGGAGAAGAUGCAGCAGCUGUGGGAAAAGCUGUGCCAAGAGGAGGAAGAAGAGACCCUGCAGCUUCACUGGCAGAAAGAGAAGUCUCUCAGUCCUGAGAGUGGUGCUUACAAGACGUUGCUGUCAACGCCAUCUUACAGGAUCUGUGAUAUAGAGAAGAGACUGAGGCACAGAAAGGCUGACUUGUCCAAGGUGUCGAAGUUAAUAAGCCGCAGAGCCGGUUCCCUGAAGGAACAGCUGCGGAAGGCCACAGAGGAGGAGGAGACUCAGAUGAGAGAGGAGGAGAGCCGGAGGCUGGCCCAGCUCCGGGCCCAGGUGCAGUCCAGCGCGGAAGCAGACGAGGGCCGCAUCAGGGCCGAGCAGGAGGCUUCCCUGCAGAGGCUGAGAGAAGAGUUGGAGUCCCUCCAGAGGGCUGAGAGGGCCAGCUUGGAGCAGCGGAGCAGACAGACGCUGGAGCAGCUCAAGGAAGAGUUGGAGGCCUCGGAGAAGAGAGAGCAGGCUCUCCUGAAUGCCGAGAAGGAGGCAGCUUUGCAGAAGCUCAGGGAGCAGCUGGACAGAGAGAGGAAAGAAGCCACGGCAGCACUAGAGAGGGAGCACAGGGCCGAGCUGGAGCGGCUCUCUUCCUCGCUGGAGGCCAAGCACAGAGAGGUUGUCCGUAGCCUCCGGAAGAAGACGGAGGAAGCUCAGAAGAAAGAGGCGGCCCAGCUGCAGGAGAACCUCGGUCGGGCGGAGCAGAGGGCUCAGCAGAGGGUUCAUCAGGUGCUCGAGUAUGAGCAAGAGCUCAGUGGCCUCCUGCGAGAGAAGCGCCAGGAGGUGGAAAGGGAGCAUGAGAGGAAGAUGGACAAGAUGAAGGAGGAGCACCAGCGAGUGGUGGCUGAAGCCAGAGAGCAGUACGAAGCCGAGGAGAGGAAGCAGCGGGCUGAACUCCUGGGCCACCUGACUGGGGAGUUGGAGCGCCUGCGCAGGUCACACGAGCGAGAAUUGGAGUCCAUGAGGCAGAUGCAGGACAGGCAGCUUGAGGACUUGCGGCGUCGGCACCGGGAGCAGGAAAGGAAACUCCAAGAUUUAGAGGAGGAACUUGAAACCAGAACCAAAGAUGUCAAGGCCAAAUUGGCUGAACUGGACCUCCAGGAGGAGACGGCCCGAAAGGGGAAGCAGCAGCUCCUUGAUGCGCAGAGGCAGGUGGCGCUGGAGAGCGAGGAAGUCACAGCCAGCCAGCAGCACUUGGAGGAGGCAAAGAAGGAGCACACACACCUGUUGGAGUCAACACGACAGCUGCGAAGACUCCUUGACGAGCUUCGGGCACGCAAGGUGGAGCUGAAGUCCCAGGUGCACGCGCUGCAGGCCCAGAGCCGGAGGCUGCAGAAGCACGUCAGCGACCUAGAGGCUGAAGCUCAGAGGAAGCAGGACACACUGAAAGAGCUGGCAGCUCAGGAGAGUAACGCAUCCCCACAUUUUGAGCCAGAUCUCCACAUUGAGGACCUGAGGAAAUCCCUUGGGACAAACCAGACCAAAGAAGUAUCCUCUUCUCUCCCCCAGAGCAAGGAGGAGACCGACUUGUCCUUGGACAGUGUCCGGCACUACCUCUCCGCCGAGGGCAUGGCUCUCCGCAGUGCCAAGGAGUUCCUGGUGCGGCAGACCCGCUCCAUGCGGAGGCGGCAGACGGCUCUGAAGGCCGCCCAGCAGCACUGGCGCCAGGAGCUGGCCAGCGCUCAGGAGGCCACCAAAGAUCCCCUGGACACCAAGGCCCUGGAAGAUGUGCGCAAGGACCUGGAGGAGGAGACCAGGCACCUGGAUGAGAUGAAGUCGGCCAUGCAGAAGGGCCACGACCUGCUGAAGAAGAAGGAGGAGAAGCUGAAUCAGCUGGAGUCCUCUCUUCGGGAAGAGGCUUCAGAUGAGGACACUCUGAGACAAGCCCCCACCAAGAAGGUGGUGACGUUUGACCUCAGCGACACGGAAGACAUGAGCAGUGCAAGCUCUGAAUCCUCCCUGCCUCACCUCAAGCUGCCUGCGAGUCCCACCUUCCCCUAUGAGUUCCACUACUUGAGCAGCUCCCUGCAGCGGAUCAGCAGCCAGCUGAACGGUGUCCUCAGCAUGCUGGGCAGUCUCAACCCGCAGCCGCCCCCACCCCUCUUCGCUUCCACACCGGCGCCCCCCCGGAAACCCAGGAGCACCCCCAUGCCCGCCUGCCCCUCCCUGGCCCGGGUCUCAGCCUGGCCGCCGGCGGUGCCCACAUCCGCCCAGUGGGCCUGGGACCCAGGGCUGGGCCCUGUGCUCUCCUCCUCCGUGGCUCAAACAGUGGACGACUUCCUGGUGGAGAAGUGGCGCAAGUAUUUUCCAACUGGAGUCCCCUUCCUCAGCAGCAGCCCCGCCCCACUGGAGAACAGGCUGGGUUAUGUGUCUGCCAGUGAGCAGUUGCGCCUCCUGCAGCGGGCCCACUCCCACAGCUCCAGCCCUGAGGUGGGCAGCACAGACUUUCAGAGCUUGAUCGAUGCUAACAGAAAGUGGCUAGAACACUACAGAAAUGAUGCCAAGUUACCUCUCUUGUCGUCAGUGCCCAAGCCGGCAGCGACCUCAGGCCUGCUGCAGCUGGGCAUCGACGAGAACAGACUGAGGGUGUACCGCUACUGAGGCCCCAAGCCUGUCCUGCACCCAGACCAAGUGCCUGAGGACCUGCCUGCGCUCUAGUCCUUCUGAGAAAGCAUUCUCCUGCCCUAUUUGCUGCCUGCCCCUCUCAGAGGAACCCCGGGGGCCGGGGCUGGAAAGGAUGGUACGACUGGAAACCGUAAGCUGCCCCCCUGAGACCACGUAUCUCAGGCUGAAGAGAGUGGACUUCUGUGAGCUCCUGACUGGACAAGGCAACACCGACGUGGGAGCGUCCGAGCCCGGGCCCCUGCAGGACGAGGAGGAGGUAUUAGGAUUUGC